AUGGAUCUGGCAGAUUUGGAAGACAUGAGCAGUGGCUGUGAAGGCAAAAACUGCAGCUUAGCAUCAAGGCUCCAGGAGGACUGCAGAACCCAGGACUGCUACUGGGGGGAACCCAUGUUUGGACUGAUUGAGUUAGUUUGCGUGACGAUGGUUUAUAUUCCACUGAUGUUAUUCGGCCUUCUUGGGAACACCUUGACCAUACUGGUGGUGUGGCUUCGUCCGCACAUGAGGAGCUCGACGUACCUGUACCUGAGCAGCAUGGCCGUCAGCGACCUGCUGAUUCUCCUUCUGCUCCCUCUGGAUCUGUACAAGCUCUGGAGACCCAGACCGUGGCCCCUGGGAGACCUUGCCUGCAAGCUGACUAUGUUCCUCUCAGAGUGCUGCACCUUCUGCACCAUCCUCCACAUCACCUUCCUGUCCCUGGAGCGGUACGUGGCGGUGUGCUGGCCGAUCACAGCCAAGACCGUCGUGACGCGCCGCAGAACCAGGGUCAUCAUCGGCUGCCUGUGGCUGGGUGCGGCUGUCAGCGCGUCGCCCGUCUUGAUUAUGGUCGGAGUGGAGGACGUCGGGGGAGAGGAGUUUGGGCUCAACCAGUGGAGGGAGGAUGGGGGCCGGCUGGGCGGAGAGGGAGAACAGGGAGGGAUAAUGAUGAACGUAGCGGAGAGAGGAGGCGCAGUCAUGGCUUUGCUGGAUCCACGGUUGGAGGAAAUAAAGUUGGGAGAGAAGGAGAAAGAAGAAUGGGGUGAAGACCUCACAGACUUUAUAUGGCUUGACGACAAAAACAGCAGAUCAAGAGAGGGAACUGAAUGGAAACUAGGGGACAUUAAAGAUAAAACAGAAGAAGCCGAGGAGCCAAAUGAGGAGAAAAGGAAGAUGGAAUUUGAGAAAAAUCAGCAAAACAAAAAGAAAGAAGAUGAGGGGGGAGGUAGAGAGGAGAGAGCCGAUUCAAGCCGUGGCGGAGAGAUCGACAGGAGGGAGUGCCGCUGUACGCACUACGCCAUCUCCUCAGGUCUCUUGUCCGCCAUGAUGAUUCUCUCCAACUUGUACUUCCUGGUGCCCCUUUGCAUCCUCGGUCUGGUGUACACCCUCAUUGGACGAACACUGUGGCUCCGCCCAAAGAGCAGCAGAAGAGACCAGAGUCACCGAAGCACAGUGAAGAUGUUAGGAGUGAUCGUCUUGGCAUUUGUGCUCUGCUGGCUUCCCUUCCACGUCGGCCGGACUAUAUUAUCCCUUUCCCUCGGCUCCAGCGUCGAGAGACAAGACGCCUCCUAUCUGUCUCAGUAUUUUAAUCUGGCGUCUUCUGUCCUCUUCUACCUCAGCGCCGCUGUCAAUCCAUUACUUUAUAACCUGAUGUCUGCCAGGUACAGACUGGCUGUCCACAGCCUCAUACACAAACACCCUCACACACACACACACCGCCUGCGCACGCUCACGGCUCGGCACUCCACCACCACCACUUUGUAA